AUGGCGUCUGUUGCGGCAUGCGCCUUCACCCGCAUGCUUGAGUGGCUUCCAAAGACCACAAGGAACUGCUUAUUCCUACAGGCUUUUCCCUCUCCUGGCUUCUGGGAUGGCUUUUUCCAAGCUUUACCGCAAAUAAUAGCUCAUACCGCACUGACGGAAUCUGCUCCUGUCGCCGCCCAAGCGGACUCAAACAGUGAGAUCCCCGCCUUCAUCACGGAGCCAUGCGAGCCAAGCAGUGUCAGAUUGCCCAUCUUGCAUAACUUUGCUCUCCGGCCCCCAGUUGCGAGAUGCACCAAGGUCCCAGCUGGCAUCCGUCUUGAAAGCGCGACUAACCGAGAAAGGGGUUUGGGGACGCCCUAUAUGCACAGGAACAGCUUGAAUAGGGCAACGCCAGAGAGGGCAGGUUUCGAUGUUGACUCGUAUACCAUCUACAACGCGUCUCGGAACGCUCUUGUUUCUCGCGCAAGAGCACGCCGAAACAGCAAUCGACGAUUCUUGGGCGCUUCCCGUUCUGGAAAGCCGACGUUUUGCCCAGAACAGCAAGCUCGGGGCAGAAUCGACCAUUCCGCCGGCGGACUCGAUCACGUCAGUCCGGCUGUUCCCGCUGUCGCUUCGGGUUACCCAGGGCUGAAACACAACGAGCCCAAUCGCGAUGCUUUGCCGUCUAGAUACCCCCGCAGUGAACGUGAGCCGCGGGGCGCAUUGGAUACGAACGAAGGGACAGUUUUGGAUGCCAACCUUCAGUUCAAUCUGGCUGUUGGUAACUCCCGUUGGUUCCAGGCUGUUGGGACGGCAUCGAACACUGCGACCCGGGCUCGAAAGGGCUUCCAUGUCCGCGAUCUCGUCUUGCGGAUCAAACGUCUGCCGUGGAGUGCUACCUUUUCAUUAGUGCUCGACAGAUUGCUAGUCUGUGACCUGAAAGAGGGAACUGGAGCAUGGACCGGAUAA